CGCUCCUCCGCGGACGUAAGAAAUCCGGUGAAGCGCGAGCUGAGCGGACCGGUUUUAGUGCUCGCGCUCGACGCUUGAGGCCGGACGCUGCGGAGAGGGAGCGCGCGGGAUUCCUCCUCUUGCUUUGACGGGUUAAUCCCAAUUACCGGGGCCGUUAAUGAUCCGGAACACAUGCGGGCGCGGAUUGCGGAGCCACAGAGGACGGAGGACGGUGUUGGAAGAGUCUCGAGGAGGCGGCGUAACGAUACAUCCCCGCAGCUCGCGCGCAGGCGGAGCGAGCAACCGGCGCACUGCUGCUGCUGCGGAUCAGGAUCCGUAUCGACCGAAAUUACCGAGACUGCCCGCAAAUACACCGGAUAAACCUCCCCGUGCUCCCGACUCCGGGCUGUAACCCGGACCCGCCCCUCAGCAUCCGCCUUCUGCUGUCUAACGGAAAUCUCAACCGGGACACCGACCCGGUAACCGGACAGAUCCCCGUUAAUAGAUCCCCGCCGCCGCCUCGGUUCACCACAGUGGUUUCAGGAUGAAUCACCUGUCCCUGAGUGAGCUCUGCUGUCUCUUCUGCUGUCCACCGUGCCCGAGCAAGAUCGCCUCCAAGCUGGCCUUCCUGCCCCCCGAGCCCACCUACACGCUGAUGUGUGACGAGAGUGGCAGCCGCUGGACGCUGCACCUGUCGGAGCGCGCGGACUGGCAGUACUCCGCCCGGGAGAAGGACGCCAUCGAGUGCUUCAUGACGCGGACGUCUCGGGGGAACCGCAUCGCCUGCAUGUUCGUCCGCUGCUCACCCAACGCCCGCUACACGCUGCUGUUCUCCCACGGUAACGCCGUGGACCUGGGCCAGAUGAGCAGCUUCUACAUCGGCCUCGGCUCGCGGAUCAACUGCAACGUCUUCUCCUACGAUUACUCCGGCUACGGGGCCAGCUCGGGGAAGCCCUCGGAGAAGAACCUGUACGCGGACGUGGACGCCGCCUGGCAUGCUCUUCGAACCAGGUACGGUAUACGGCCGGAGAACGUGAUCGUGUAUGGUCAGAGUAUCGGUACGGUGCCAUCCGUGGAUUUGGCCGCUCGGUACGAAAGCGCCGCUGUCAUCCUUCACUCACCUUUGACCUCUGGCAUGCGCGUGGCCUUCCCCGACACCAAGAAGACCUACUGCUUCGACGCCUUCCCCAACAUCGACAAGAUCUCCAAGGUGACGUCUCCGGUGCUGGUGAUCCACGGGACCGAGGACGAGGUGAUCGACUUCUCUCACGGGCUGGCGCUGUACGAGCGCUGCCAGAGGCCCGUGGAGCCGCUGUGGGUGGAGGGCGCCGGCCACAACGACGUGGAGCUGUACGGACAGUACCUGGAGCGCUUGAAACAGUUCGUGGCUCACGAGCUCGUCAACUUAUAGAGCGAGCGGAGGACUCGGAGCGCCUGAACUCGGCUGCUGGUCGUACCUCUGAUGCCCCUUUCGACAACUGUGAACUUUACAGCAACUCGCUUAUUUUUUUCCAGUUAUUUUUUGUUUUUUCUUCUUUGUGGUGGUGCAGGACGGCUUGGUGCGAGAGGGCCAAGCUGCCUUUUGAAGGGGCGUGUUUGUGAUGAGUGUGAAUGAGUGAGUGUGUGUAAAUGUGUGAGUGUGUGUGUGUGUGUGAGAUGCAGGGGUCUCUCUGUUUAUGCCAGACCCAAACCCAAUGAGGUCAAUUCUGAUUUGCUUUUUGUUUAUUUUUUUGAUUAUGCUAUUUGUCGGAGUCACCAUGUACUAAACCUGAGUGAUUGGGCUGCACAAUGUGGACAGGAUCCUGUAUUGCAACAUUACUCCUAUUACUCAUUAAGAUUGAAAUAUAUGAAGAAAUUCUAAAGAUUUGUGUUUAUUAAAUGCCUUUAUUCAACCAGACACCCACAACAUAAAGGUCCUAAUAAUGGUUAUUUGCUCAGUAUCACCUAACCACCAAAAAUAUUAUCCUUUUAAACCAUUUUUGUCACUGAUAUAAUAAACUGAUGAUGAUAAUAUAA